CUAAUUUUGCAAAGUUCAUAAUUUACCAUUUUAACGUCUUUGCCCCCAAUAUAUAUAUCGAGGAGCCACAAAAUGGUCACCUUUGUGUUUCGAAAAGGCUCAUCAGUUCUCUUGUGUUCAUCUUCCGUUCCGGGUUUUUCCUCCAUAGAGAUUCUUACUUGAGAGAAAAAGGUUUUGUCUGAAAUUUUGGAGUGAUUGAUUCUCUUUGGUCGGAGAAUGAAGGGAGCAGCCCUCGUUGCUCUCGCAGCCACCAUUGGCAAUUUUUUGCAGGGAUGGGACAAUGCAACAAUCGCAGGAGCUAUGGUUUAUAUCAAGAAUGAAAUGAAUCUGGCAACCUCUGUGCAAGGCCUUGUCGUGGCCAUGUCCCUGAUCGGAGCCACGGCCAUUACGACAUGCUCAGGACCCAUCACUGAUUGGCUGGGAAGACGGCCGAUGCUGAUAUUCUCGUCCAUCCUUUACUUCAUCAGUGGUUUGAUCAUGCUUUGGUCUCCGAAUGUAUAUGUAUUAUGCUUGGCCAGACUCUUGGAUGGUUUCGGUAUCGGUCUUGCAGUGACACUUAUCCCUGUCUAUAUCUCUGAAACUGCCCCUCCUGAGAUAAGGGGACAGUUAAACACUCUUCCUCAGUUCAUGGGAUCUGGUGGAAUGUUCCUGUCUUAUUGCAUGGUUUUCGCUAUGUCUCUGAGUGAAUCGCCCAGUUGGAGAGGAAUGCUCGGUGUCCUUUCGAUCCCUUCCGUUUUGUACUUGGCCUUUGCAGUUUUCUACUUGCCCGAGUCUCCUCGAUGGCUCGUCAGUAAAGGAAGAAUGCUCGAGGCUAAGACCGUGCUUCAGCGGUUAUGUGGCAGAGAAGAUGUUUCUGAUGAGCUAGCUUUGCUGGUCGAAGGUCUAGGGAUCGGGGGAGAGAAAACAAUGGAAGAUCUGUGGGUUGCCCCGGAUGAUAACGAAGUCGACGAAGCUUCUGACGAGAAAGAGAGGUUCCGGCUCUAUGGAACUCACGAGAAUCGUUCAUAUAUCGCCAAACCUGUCCCGGGACAGAGCUCCCUUAUACUACGCUCACGCCAGGGGAGCUUAGCAAACCAAAGCAGCAUGAUUCUCAAGGAUCCGCUCGUGAAUCUUUUCGACAGUCUCCACGAGAAGAUGAUACCUGAGGCUAUCGGAAACAUGAGGAGCGCGACUUUCCCGAGCGUGCAGUGGGAAAGGGAUAUGGAGAAUCAAUACAAGGAUACCGAGGACUAUGCCUCCAUCGAUGAUAUGGGUGAAGAAGAAGAUUCAGAUCACGAUUUACGCAGUCCAUUGAUCUCUCGCCAGGCCACGAGUGUCGACAAAGACAUGACCAUUCAUCAUCCCACCAGUGGAACCACCCUUUCCAUGAGAAGGCAUAGUACACUUGUACAAGGAAAUGGUGAAACGGGUAUCAGUAGUUUGGGAAUCGGGAAUGGUUGGGUAAUGGCGUAUAAAUGGAACGAAAAAGACGGUGAAUACAAAAGGUAUUACCUGAAAGAAGACGGGGUUUCAUCUCAACGAGGAUCUAUCCUUUCGCUUCCUGGUGGUAACGAUAUAACUGGAGGUGGUGGUAGUAGCUAUGUUCAUGCUUCCGCCAUUGUAGGUCAGUCUGGUCUUGGUUCUAAGCUACGGAUGGGCUCUGCAAUGAUUCACCCGUCGAAAACUGCUGCCGAAACUCCCCUCUGGUCUGCUCUUCUUGAACCCGGAGUGAAACGUGCUUUAGUAGUUGGGAUCGGAAUUCAGAUACUGCAACAGUUUUCGGGUAUCAAUGGAGUUCUCUAUUACACUCCUCAAAUUCUCGAAGAAGCCGGAGUGGAUGUCCUUCUUUCAAACAUGGGGUUCAGUUCCGUCUCGGCCUCGUUCCUCAUCAGCGCUUUCACAACUUUCCUUAUGCUCCCUUGCAUUGCAGUUGCCAUGAGACUAAUGGACGUCUCGGGAAGACGGGCUCUGCUUCUUGCAACAAUCCCUGUUCUUAUCGCGUCACUCCUCGUCCUAGUACUGAGUGAACUCGUUCACAUCAGUACAGUCAUUAACGCAGCGAUCUCCACGGCUUGUGUCGUGAUCUACUUCUGCUGUUUCGUGAUGGGUUAUGGUCCGAUACCCAACAUCCUCUGCUCUGAGAUCUUCCCGACCCGUGUUCGUGGACUCUGCAUAGCCAUUUGCGCCAUGGUUUUCUGGGUCGGAGACAUCAUCGUCACAUACUCGCUCCCUGUUCUGCUCAGUUCGAUCGGUCUGGUCGGAGUCUUCAGCAUCUACGCAGCCGUGUGUGUCGUCUCGUGGAUUUUUGUGUUCUUGAAGGUCCCUGAGACAAAAGGCAUGCCAUUGGAGGUAAUCACUGAGUUCUUUGCGUAUGGAGCUCAACAAGAUCAGUCUGCAAAAGAUAUAUAGCCCUUGAUGCCCAUCUCAGUGUUGCUAUAGAAUCUGUUCAUCGGAUUUUCCUAAAGAAAAACCCGCAAUUCGUUUCGAAAAAUUUCGCAGAUUUUUUUCCCUUGUAACAAACAGUUGCAUAAUUGCUCUUUGCAAAGCUCAGAUCUUUCUUUCA